UACCCACCGCUGGACGCCGAGCUGCCGCCGGCGCUGCCGCCGCCGCCCACCUACUACCGGCUGCGGCCGUACGGCGGCCUGUUCGGCGGCUGGAACCCGAGCUCGGCCAACCUGGGCGUGGCCGGCGGCGCCGAGGUGUUCGGUGACCAGCCGCCGAUGGAGUCGCUGGCUGGCUACGACAGCCUGAUGCAGGUGAUCGGCUACCCGUGCGUCAGUCACCGGCUGCAGGCCUGGGACUUCUCGGCGCAGCAGAUCCCCGACAUGACCGACGAGCGGCGGAACCUGGUCUGCAGCCGGUGCAAGGUGCACAACGACGCCACUGUGGACAUCUCCCAGGACGGCCGCCGCCUGGCAGCCAUCGUGCCCGAGUCGCACCCCUCCAUGGCCGUCUGUGUGUACAGCCUGGAGGCGGGCCAGCUGGGCCGGCUGCUGAGCCGCGUAUCGCUCAGCAGCAACACCAUCUCGGUCAGCCUGUCUCCGCGUGGGCGUCACCUGGUGGUGGGUCUGCCUGCCCGCCGCGCCGUCACGCUGCCCGCCGAGACCCAGCUGAUGGCGCAGAUCUACCGGCUGGACGACAGCAGCGACCAGCUGGCGCUCAUCAAGGACCUGCAGUUCAACAGCGGCGAGAUGCUGAGCCGCAACGUGUCGAUCAACUGCAUCCGGUGGCUGCCGACGCCCGGCGCCGGCCUCGUGUACGGCACCAACCGCGGCAAGCUGGUCAUGCUCAAAUAGCGCCGGCGCCGACGGCCGCGCGCCCGGGCGCC